UCUUUUUCUUUGUUUAUAAAAAUAGUUUAGGGAGGUAAGAAGAAUUUAUACGUAAAUGAAAACUAAAUCCAAGCAUUAUAGUUUAAACCCGAAAAAAAAUACAGAGAAGUGAGAAAUAACGCCAGAACCACCGGCAAACUCCUUGGAUUGUAGCUGCCUUAUACUGUGGACUAGUAGAUAGCGUGGAAAUAGUUGCAGUGUAGUAGAGUGAUAGAGAGAGAGAGAGAAUGGCAAACUUAGUGGUGAAAGGAGGAAGCAGACCUCCAUGGGUGGGAUUAGCAGCAGCAUUAUGGGUUGAGAUAGCGGCGGGGAAUGCAUACAACUUCCCACUCUACUCUCCUGCUCUCAAAUCAGUAAUGGGACUCAAUCAGCAGCAGCUAACAAUGUUGGGUGUGGCCAAUGAUAUUGGAGAGAAUGUGGGAUUGCUCCCUGGCAUGGCCUGCAACAAGUUCCCUCCCUGGGCUGUCCUCGCUGUUGGUGUUCUUGCUUGUUUCUUGGGCUACGGUGUUCUUUGGCUUGUUGUUAGCCAGACUGUCAAGCCCUUACCUUACUGGCUGUUAUGGCUUGCACUUGUUAUUGCCACAAAUAGCAAUGCAUGGUUUGGCACAGCUGUGGUUGUGACCAACAUGAGAAACUUCCCUCUCAGCAGGGGCACUGUUUCUGGCAUUCUCAAAGGUUACGCUGGGAUCUCAGCUGCAGUAUACACAGUGUUAUAUAGCCUGGUGCUUAGAGGCUCUGCUUCAAAUCUCCUGCUCUUUCUUACACUUGUCAUUCCCAUUUUGUGUUUAGCUAUGAUGUACUUUAUCCGGCCAUGUACUCCAGCUUCUGGAGAAGACUCUUCAGAGCAUGUCCAUUUUCUCUUCACCCAAGCUGCAGUUAUUCUACUUGCCGUUUAUCUCCUCGUAACCACUAUAAUAAGGACUGUGGUUUCUCUUAGUGAUGCUGUUUCCUACAUUUUAGCGGCAAUCGUGGUUAUCUUUUUGAUAUCUCCUCUUGCAAUUCCUGUCAAAAUGACCAUUUUUCCUUCAAGGCCCAAGAAAAACCGGCCAUCUGAUUCUUCAGAUCAUUCGGUGUUGGGGGGAGGUGAAACAACUCCAACAGAUCCUUUGUUGACACCAUCUUCAUCUGCAACAUCUCUAGGAAGUUUUUAUGAGAAUGAUGAUGCUUCAGAUGUGGAAAUACUUCUUGCUAUGGGAGAGGGAGCAGUGAAGAAGAAAAGGAGGCCCAAGAGAGGUGAGGAUUUCAAAAUUCGCGAGGCUCUUAUCAAGGCAGAUUUUUGGCUUCUUUGGGUGGUAUACUUUCUUGGGGUUGGUUCUGGAGUUACUAUUCUCAAUAAUUUGGCUCAAAUUGGGGCUGCUUUUGGUCUUGAGGAUACAACAAUAUUGCUUGCUCUCUUCAGCUUUUGCAAUUUUGUUGGCCGCAUUGGCUCGGGUGCUGUUUCAGAACAUUUUGUCAGGUCAAGAACAAUUCCUAGAACCUUGUUGAUGACAUGUGCACAUAUAAUUAUGGCCGUAACGUUCAUUCCUUUUGCAUUUGCACUUGAUGGUAUUCUUUACACUGCAAUUGCUCUUCUUGGCAUCUCUUAUGGGAUUCUGUAUGCUGUAAUGGUGCCAACUGCCUCUGAACUUUUUGGCUUGAGACAUUUUGGUUUGAUAUACAACUUUAUGCUGCUAGGCAAUCCUGUUGGUGCGCUACUUUUCUCAGGUAUUCUUGCCGGUUAUGUAUACGACGCAGAAACUGCCAGACAAGGAAGCUCUACUUGUUUAGGUCCUGAUUGCUUCAAGGUAACAUUCCUGGCUCUAGCUGGCUUCUGUGGACUGGGAACCGUCAUGAGCAUAAUCUUAACAGUUAGAAUAUGGCCAGUUUACCAAAUGCUUUAUUCAGGGGGUUCUUACCAUCUGCCUCAGAAUUUAGGCCAUUGAUGAGUGGCAACUUUUAGUUGUAACCUCAAAAACGUGGCGGGACACCCCUUCUUCUGCAAAGGACUGCUCCAUCGGAGUCUUGUAGUGUGCUAAAUAAUGGCUUCGAUUGGUUAUGUAAUUCUUCCUCUGCUUUUUGUAAAUCACAAGGUAUCUCGCAUUCUACUAGGGAAGAGAUGAGAAAAAUGAUAAAUCCUAUAGGUUGAUUUCCAUCCCCCAUAACCAUGUGCCACAACUGUACUCGAAUGGUUUGAUAAUCAUAGUCAGUGAUGACAUUGCUGUUUCCAUAGCAAUUACGGAACUAUACUUGUCUUGCAUAAAUAAAUCCAAGGGCCAGAUCGUUUUGUA